GAGUCAUAAAGUUUGAUGUCCUGCCCAAAGUUUAGACCCGACUGGAGCUAAACUUUUUUUUUUUUUCAUAAGUGAGCGGCAGAGAUUUGUUUCUGUGAGCCAUGAAGCUCCCUUAAGAGAAACUUUAUAACUUCUCUAAACUUUUCUUGUGCGUCUUUUUCGUGCGCCUGUUGCGCUUUUUUUUCCGGCUACCUCUGCGCUUUUUUUCUUUUUCUUUUUUUUUUCUUUUUUUGUGUGUUAGUUGGAAAAGUUGGGGCCGGACGACAACACAGAUUCCAGUGUGGAGUAGAUAUGCGCUUUGUUACAUUCAGCAUGCCAGCAGGAAACAGCAGGAAAACGCAGCGUUUCUCUGCAGAUUUCGACAGCUAACGCACUUUGGGAGAAAAUCAAGCAGUUAGAAUGACUCUGGAUCACUUUUACUGAGAGCCAAACAAGAUUCCCGAUUUCCUGUUGUGUGAGGAAAAGAGAGAGAAAAAAACCUCUAAGGAAUUGGCUUGAGCUUAUUUCGCUUUUUAAAAAGAACAACAAAACUAUUUGUGCGUACUUGAACAUUUUCGGACGCGUAAAAGUUGGCCGACUCGCUUCGGGACGAUGGAUCCGAGCCAGCACAACCCUCCUGCGGGACACCAGAUCGUCCAUGUACGGGGCGACUCUGAAACGGACCUGGAGGCGCUUUUUAACGCCGUGAUGAACCCGAAGAGCACCAUCGUGCCCCCGUCCGUGCCCAUGAGGAUGAGAAAGCUGCCGGACUCCUUCUUCAAGCCCCCAGAACCAAAGUCCCACUCCAGACAAGCCAGCACCGACGCAGGGAGUGGCGGCGUGCUCACCCCCCACCACGUCCGUGCACACUCGUCUCCGGCCUCCCUCCAGCUGGGGGCCGUCUCCGGCACCUCCCUGUCUGCCAUCGUCCCGGCGGGGGCCGCGCCUCAGCAUCUCCGCCAGUCGUCCUAUGAGAUCUCGGACGACGUGCCGCUGCCCGCCGGGUGGGAGAUGGCCAAGACCGCCUCCGGACAGAGAUACUUCCUCAACCACAUCGAACAGACCACCACUUGGCAGGACCCCCGUAAAGCCAUGCUGCAGAUAAACCAGGCCCCCCCUCCCAGCACCGUGCCAGUGCCGCAGCAGAACCUCAUGAACCCAGCCAGCGGACCCCUCCCUGACGGCUGGGAGCAGGCCAUCACAUCAGAGGGAGAAAUCUACUACAUCAACCACAAGAACAAGACCACAUCCUGGCUGGACCCGCGGCUCGAGCCUCGCUACGCCCUGAACCAGCAGAGGAUCACCCAAAGCGCCCCGGUGAAGCAGGGAGGGCAGCUGCCUCCCAGCACCCUCAGCGGAGUCAUGGGAGGCAACAACCAGAUGAGGCUGCCGCAGAUCGACAAGGAACGGCUGAGAAUGAAGCAACAGGAGCUGCUGCGACAGAGGCCACAGGAGCUCGCGCUGAGGAACCAGCUGCCGUCUAGUAUGGAGCAAGAUGGUGGCACCAACCCCGUGUCCUCCCCAAUGGCGCAAGACGCCCGGACCAUGACCGCCAACAGCACCGACCCAUUCCUCAACAGCGGGACCUACCACUCCAGGGACGAGAGCACGGACAGCGGUCUGAGCAUGAGCAGCUACAGCGUCCCCCGCACCCCGGACGACUUCCUCAACAGUGUGGAUGAGAUGGACACAGGCGAUCCCCUCCCUCCCUCCAUGGCGACGCAGCCCAGCCGCUUCCCCGACUACCUGGACGCCAUCCCGGGAACCGACGUGGACCUGGGCACCCUGGAGGGCGAGAGCAUGGCGGUGGAGGGCGAGGAGCUGAUGCCCAGCCUGCAGGAGGCGCUGAGCUCCGACAUCCUCAACGACAUGGAGUCGGUGCUGGCAGCGACCAAGAUCGACAAGGAGAGCUUCCUCACAUGGUUAUAGGAGGAGAGAGGAGCUCCGCUGCCUCGCGCUGGACUGCCUGCCCGCUCUGAUCUGAUCUGUGAAGGAUCCCUCCGUGCUUCCACCAGACAUUUCAGCGAGCCUCUCCGGACUUCUGCAUCUGUCUCAGCGCGUUAAAGCCAACCUUUUUUUUUUUUUUUUUUUUUUUUUUUUUUUCUCUUCCAGGCAGUAUUCUUGUUCUCUUCACUGGUGUUUUAUCUCUUUUUAUUUUGUCUGUGUCUUCAAGGCUGGCCCAUGAACAGACAAUUAUGCAAGGGUCCCCGAAUUUUUCACAAAUCUGUCAGUGAUUCUCGGGCAUAUUUACCCAGAGCGAGGGGUGCAGUCCCUCCCCCCCCCCCCCACGCCUCCUGCUUUUCCCGGGCUGGUGCUGCAUGGACCGCCUGGAGCCGCUCUUCCUCACAGUACAGCAUGAAGCAGCCCCACCUGACUGUGUGUGUGUGUGUGUGUGUUUAUGUGUGUGUGGGACUAUUGCAUGUAGCCGAAUUAGCUUUAUAUUUGGCCUCGAGUUUUUAAUCUUUGGUUGUGUUGCUGUAUUAACGAGCCUGAGAAACCAAAAAUGAUGUAUUUGGAGCGUAAAGAACAAUACUGAUUUGGAGUAAAGGUAACGUGAGGCUCGCUUUGAGCUUGGUUGGGGUUGGAGGGGGGGUCUGGGCGGGGCGGGGCGGGGCGGAGCGGGGCGUUGGAACCUGGGGACCGGCUACAUCGCUGCUUGGCUGUGCCAGCAAGUCUAAGUUAAAACCUUUGGUAGAACAAAGUGCCUUCAGUUGUAAUUUUUUCAAGACGCGAGCGACAAAAACAAAUAGCGGCUUUUCUGUGGUGCAGCAAGAAGCAUCAGCCAUGUUUUCCUCUCAUGUCCAGUAAUCAAAAAACUGUAUUUUUUUGUUUAUAAGCACAGGGGGAUGUAGGGAUCUGUUCUUUGCUCUUGUUUAACCCUAGCUUCCUUGUAUCUCAGUCUUAUCGAAGCCUAACUAAAGAUUCAUUGUUUUAUCUCUCCAGUAUUUUAUUUUUAGGUUACUAUUACACAUGUAUGAUAGCUUAGAUCCAAAAUGGCAUUUUGCUUUAGUGUUUUUUUUUCUUCUUCUUCUUCUUCUUCCUUAGAUGAAUUGAGAAGUUUUCGAACAGGGUUUAUCACAACACGUCACUACAUUAAGGAUGUAUUCUUCUGCAUUUAGCUGAUUCUCUCUGCUUUACUAUAUACAUCCUAGUGUUUUUGUAUUUUUGUCGAUCACAUGCAGCUUUUACGAUCCUUUUUUUUCCAAACAUUAACCAAAAAAAAGGAAGAAAAAAAGACAGAUCUCUCUGCAGAAACUAUAGCUCUGUGAUCAAGCUGUGUUUGAAGGAGGGAAUCGAACCUCUGCGUGGUGCUGUGGUGAAGCGUGUGGAGCGAGCGGCGGGCGGUCUGCAGCCGGGACAGGUCAAAGCAGGUUUUAGUGUAGAAAGUCAGGGCUAGACUGAUGGCGACGAGUCACACAGUUCAGUUUGUCAUUGAAAUAAUUAAGAAACAAUCAGUUAUCUCAGUCAGGAACGGCAGAUUCCAAAGAUUUCUUCUUCUCUCUCUCUCUCUUUUUUUUUUUUUUUGUAAUGACACUAACAUUUAUUUUUUUGUUUUCUUCAGAGCCCAGAAAUGGUUUGAUUUGUAAAUCAGCCUCUGUAUGAACAAACUGUAUAAGCUAAUGAGAAAAGAAAAGAAAAAAAAAAAGAUGUACGUCUCUGAAUAGGUGUAGCUGAGAGAUUCCUUUUAUCUUUUUGAGUGACUAACCCUGAGACUUUUUUUUUUUUUUUAAGGAUGAGGUUUCAGCAGAGCGGCGGGGUUGAUUCUUCAGUAAGCACUCACAUGUUUACACAGUCUGAUUGAGAAAACUGCUACCAACACACUAACGAUUCUCUCACGAUCACGUUAUUUCCAUGUUUACACGAUGACUACGCAUUACUGCAGUAACCGUUGAGCGAUCGGCCCGCCGUGCGCGCCCACGGCGGGACGGCACACUCGUUCUGUUGCCAACCGAUGCUUAAAUUGGUAGCAUCAACUUGAUGGAACACUAUACAUAUACAGUAUAUAUAAAUAUAAAUAUAUAUAAAUAUAUAUUAGAUUAGAGGACAUGAACUUUUUUUUUUAUCCUGUGUGAGAAACCUCUUUUUAGUUUUGAUUUUGAUUCUUUAAAUCAUGUGGCGAUGGAUUAAAGAUGGACGAACAGUGUUGGUGAGAACAAUGCAACUAAAAAUGAGUGGUACACCACAGUGCUUGUAUUGCACGGCUAGAGUUUUCAUUUUUGACGCAAUGAUGCAUUUUGUCACGCGAAACCUGAUUUUUAUGCUUAGUGUGUAAUUGUCAGAGCAUAUUAGCUGUUGACUCUCAUUGUAGCAGUAGAACUAAUCACCAGUUAAUGGACUUUGUAUUUAGAGUUUUCUAAAUGCACAUGAAAUGAAUUUAUAUUCUGUAAUGAUCUGUUCUCUCUCUCUCUCUCUCUCUCUCUCUCUCUCUCUCUCUCUCUCUCUCUCUCUCUCUCUCUCUCUCUCUCUCUCUUUUUCUCUCUUUUUUUUGAUAGAUAUGUGCAUGUGUCUUAGAACAAUAAAUUCUGUUACAUUAUAUCUUUCUUCAUAUGAUACUUUUAAAUUGGCCCAAAAUAAAGUAUAUACUUUGUGGUAACA